AUAAGAAGAAUAAUAAGAAAAUCCCGAAACCCUAUUCUCUCCUAAAUCCUCCCAAUUUCUCCUCUAUCCAUAAUCCGGCCACCGGCCAUUCUUUCUCGUUCUUCCCCAAAUUCUACUUCCAAAUCCCUAAUUCUAUCUUCUCGAUCCCUAAAUUCCCAAAUAUCACCCAAUACGAAUCCCGUUAGAAACAUCUGGUAUCAGAGCCCGGUUCGAGAAUUGAGUUCACCACAACUCUCAACCGGGGACGAGUUCUACAACUGGUUCGACGAUGAGCUCUUCAAAGCUCUCGAACCUGUCGUGGGCAGAGCUGCGUGACCGGGCUCGCCGCAUCGGCCGUCAUUGGAGCUCCGAGGAGCUGCCGACCGGGAAUGCCACCACAGUAGAAGAGCAGCUGUCGGUUGUGCAGGUUGACUCAGAGGGUGAAGUUGAGAGGCGAGCAGAGAAACCGGACGUGGAAGAGGUUUUGGCAAUCGAGCCGCCAGCCACGGAAGAGCUUCCAAACGUCACCAACAAACAGCAGCAGUUUCCGACAGCAUCGGUCACCACGACUGCGACUUCACCACCAACACAGUUUGCAGCGGUUGGACAACCACCCAGGGAGAAGAAACGAAACAAGGCUGCCGAGGUUUCUUUCGUGGUCGUGACCGAAGAGGAAGGAGGUCUUGCCUCUUUCGUCCUUGUUCCCGACAAGGAGAGGACAAUCACCCCUGAACAAGAAAAAAGAAGACGUUUGGCUGCCUUUGCUGUUUUUCCAAGCAAAGAGAACACAUUUGUCUUUGAGAAGGAACCCAAAGAUGAAAUUGCAGGGAGUAUAGCAACGCCAAAUCGGCCAGCAAACUGGAGAUUUAGGAAAAAGAAGGUGCGACCAAGCGAAGGAGGCCGCAUCGCGGUGGCGUCGUUGCCAAGUUCGAGAAGGUACUUGGAGCCACUAGUUGGACUCGGUGAGGCGAAACCGACCGCUGCAACGGUCGAAAUUCAAACGGCCAAGAUCGGGGAGUCUCGAUUGAGCUCAGCUGAGCCUCACGUCACCAUCUCUCGACGCAAAGAGGAGUUGGCGUCGAUCGACGCAGAGUCAAAUGCCGCCACGAACAGAAUUGUCGCACGAGGUCGGGAAUUUUGCUCGUUGCUGGCAGAGCUCAGCACCGCGACCGCCGGACGAAACGAGUUGGAGAAGAAGCCUAUGAUUCGAACCGCCACAGGUUCGGAGGCAAGGUUGGCAAGGCAGGCUCGCCGGGUUUCUCUGCCAGCAACACGAAGCGGUUACGGGGCGUCGCAGUCGACGAGGAAUCCAACCGGUACGGCGAUCGAUGAGAAGAAAGAAGCGGAGCACUCGCCGGAGAACGGGGCGAAGCGGUUGCCAUCAAAGAAGAUGACGGCGACCAUCGUGGCCGCGUCGACCGUUGAGAAGACAGUGCAGGAGUCGGGGCGAGGAGUGUGCUGGUCUCCGCGCCAUGGGCUGGGCAGUUCGCUGCCAAGAGAGGAGCCGCCGUCGAAGGUGGAGGAGGUGGACGGUGACGACGUCGAUCGACGACGAGAAACAGUUCGGGGUCACCGGAUUUUGCAGUCAGCGACGCAGAUUGUGGGGAUGGCGCCGCGAUUGAUGUUGGCCAAGGGUGAUGCGCCGAUCGCCGAGAAACGGAGGCUUGUGGCGCCGGAGUCGACUUCUUGUGGUUUGGCGUGCCGCUUGCUGGAGGACGAGAAGAAGAAGAGAGGCGGCGACGUUGAUUUCCUCCGGGAGCCUCUGUGUCUUCUUCCCUCCUUCGAAGCUGAGCAAAGAAGCUAUAAAGGGCUGGUCAGCUGGGCCGAGGAGCGUGGGCCGAAUGGUCAGAUGACCUAAUGCAAGUGGGCCGAGUUUCCUGGGCCGUUAGAUCUGACAGGGGGAAAGGAAUGAUGGGGCUGGAGAUAAGCUAUGGGCCGAAAAUUAAGAGGAAGUGGGCUGAGGAUGAGAUUGCUUGUGGGUGUAGUCUGCAGGAGAGGGUUAAGCCCAACGUGGGCUGGGUUAUGAAGGCAAUGGGCUCAAUGGUUUGGAAGGACCAUUUAGUAUGCUUGGAAGAUGGGUUUUCGAGAGAGCAUGAUCCAAUUGGGUUUGGAGAACCAUUAGAGCAAAUUUACGGGCUAGCUCCAAGAAAGAUGUUCACAGGCC